GCUGCACGCUCCGCAAAAGAGAGAGAGAAAGAAAGAAGAGAGGUGGUCUCUAAUUACGUGACAGAACAGGAGGAAGAAGCUAACUAUGUGCAUAGCGGUGUUUAUAUGGAAAGCUCACCCACUGUACCCAUUACUUUUGUUGCUCAAUCGAGACGAAUAUCACAAUCGGGCUACGAAGCCGUUGGCGUGGUGGGAAGGCGAUCAAAUUCUGGCCGGCAGAGAUGAAGUCGCCGGAGGAACGUGGUUAGGUUGCACCCGAAGCGGAAGGGUCGCUUUCCUGACUAAUGUUCGGGAGCUUCAUUCACCCCCUCAGUCCAUUAGCAGAGGCCGCCUGCCCCUUCGUUUUUUGGAGAGCAAUGAAAAUCCUCACGAUUUUGCUAAGGAACUUGUAAAAGAGGCAGAUCAGUAUAGCGGCUUUAACCUCAUAAUAGCUGAUCUUCCUUCGACAACAAUGGUUUACGUGACUAACAGACCAAAAGAAGAUAACAUUUCGAUUAUAGAUGUGUCGCCUGGCAUCCAUGUUUUAUCUAAUGCAAGACUGGACUCACCUUGGCCUAAGGCUGAAAGGUUGAGAGAUAGCUUCAGGGACCUACUGGAGGUCUACGGUGAACGAGAAGCUCCUCCAGAAGAGAUGGUUGAGACUCUAAUGAGAAACGCAGUUAAAGAUGAUGAAAGCAUGCUACCUCACCUUUAUCCUGUUGAGAAGGAAUACCAUUUAAGCUCCAUUUUUGUUGACUACGAGACUCCUUUGGGGCGUUAUGGAACUAGAAGCACUUCCGUAUUGCGUGUCAAAGCUUGCGGGGAGGUAAGCUUUCAUGAACAAUACCUCGAGAAUGGAUUCUGGAAAGAGCAAACUGUAACCUACCCCAUCGAGGCGAUGACAUAAACAUAUACCGUUUUGACCAUCGAACUUUGAGAAAAAUGAGCAUCCGGCCAUCUCUGGUAGGUAAUUCCACCUGUAAUAUUACAGCUCGAGAUGGUUUCAAUGUAGCUAAGUAAAUGUCCACGUCGUCUCUGCUUGCAUUGCAGACUCCAGUUAUAUAACCACGAAGAAACUAGCUUUGCUUCCUUCUGUGCUUGUUUUUUCAUCUUUUUUGUUUGUGAUACCUACAAACAUCAUAAACUUACCCAAAAUAAACUAGUUCUGUUCUCUUGUAUCACAAUUGAACCGACUGCCCAAGAAUAAAAUGUAGUUGACAUUGGCAUGUAACCAUUCAUGCUCA